AUGUCUCCUAUUCCUGUCAGAUCAAUCUACGUACGACUUACUACUAUUGCAGAUCUUAAGCAUAAUGAAAAAGCUCAUUCUGUAAUUAAUGCUGCCUAUCGCUCCACAGGGGGUUGGACAACUGAGGUGGAUCUUGUAGGUGGCGAGCGGGAGACAAUCGAAGGUUUAGCACAGUCAGUGCGUGACCAGGGUAAGCCAAAUACUUUAAUGUAUGCUUUCGAGACAAACGAGAACGGCACCGAACAAGUAGUUGGCACAGUUCAAAUCCAACCGAUCGUAAAGGCACCCGGGGAAGCCGAAAUUGGUCUGUUCUCAGUUGACCCUAAAUACCAGUCUAAGGGAAUUGGUGGAAAGUUGGUCCGAGCUGCAUUGGAUACAAUGAAGACUAUGGGAUUCAAUGUGGCUGUAAUGAAGGUCAUCGAAAACAGAGCUGACCUCCUCCAAUGGUACUACAAGCUCGGUUUUGUUAAUACUGGCGAACGUGUACCAUUUGUAUUCCCAGAUCUGUUGAAGGUCAAGGAUCUCUCCUUCAUUACUCUUAAAAAGCCUUUGGUCUAGAACAGGCACACAUAAACACAAGAAGACAAGACUAGGCCAUCAUACAGCCUUAGUUUAGACACCGCUCAGCUACGUUGAGUCAUUUCAAUUUUUUUUUAUUCCGUACUCUCUAUUAAUCAAAAACACAAAAAAAAAACAUAUAAUUGAUAUCAACACUUUGAAUAUUUCAUUGGCAUCUCUUUAUAAGUUUCAAAAUAAAUUAUUGCAAAACACUGACUACAAAAUUUAAAUA